AUGAGCUGUGCCGUCAGGCAGGUCGUUACUGCCUGUUCCCAAGGCAGAGGCAGCGCAGGCAGCUCUGCAGCUGGGAGUGGAAGGAAGGUCUCCUCCGCCUCCUCGGGAAGACACGCUGCCUAUGACUUAGGGGGUGCAGUUGGCAAUUUUUCUGGUGACAGUUUAAGUGAAGGAUUUCUUGGGAAGCAGCUGAGCGCCAACAGUGCUGCUGGUGGGAGCUUUGGAGCUACCCAGAGGGCUUGUUCUACCCUUGGAUUCAGCGGUGGAGGCAUCUGCACUCGAGGCAUUGGUGGUGGCUUCACCAGGGCUGGCGCCGGUUGUGGUGAUGGGAUCUUAUUUGCUAACAACGAAAAGGCGACGAUGCAGAACCUCAACGACCGCCUGGCCUCCUACCUGGACAAGGUGCGACUUCUGGAGGGAGACAACGCCGACCUGGAGUGCAAGAUCAGGGAGUGGUAUGCCAAGGUAGGGCCCAGCUGCGAGCCACGGGACUACAGCUGUUUUCAUAAGGAAAUCGAAGACCUUCAGAACCAGAUCCUCUGUGCAGCCAUGGAGACUAACAAAAUCCUUCUGAAUAUUGAUAACAACAGGAUGACUGCCGACGACUUCAGAGUGAAGUACGAGACUGAAUGUGGUCUCCGGCAAAAUGUGGAUGCAGACAUCUGCAACUUACGGCCCGUCCUGGACCAGCUGGCCAGCUGCAGGACCGACCUGCAGCUACAGUGUGAGGCUCUGACUGAAGAGAUGUGUUGUCUGAAGACGAACCACGAGGAGGAAAUGAACUGUCUGAGGAAACAGGCGACUGGAGACGUGAACGUGGAGGUCAACGCCUGCCCUGGCCCAGACCUGAGGAAGAUCUUGGAGGAUCUGAGGUGCCAGUAUGAAACGCUGAUGGAGCGCAACCGCAAAGAGACUGAGCAGUGGUAUGCCUGCAAGGUGGAAGAGGUGAAUCUGGAGGUCAUCACAAGCAGCCAGGAGAUUGAGUCAAGCAACAAACAGGUCACCGAGCUGAGACGUCAGCUGCAGGCCUUAGAAAUCAACGUACAAGCCCAGCUCACCAUGAAAGAAAACCUGGAAUCCUCUUUGGCAGAAACCGAAUGUCGCUACAACAAAUACCUGGCUGAGCUACAGAGCCAGAUCUCCUGCGUGGAGCAGCGGCUGGCUGAAAUACGAGCAGAAAUGGAGUGCCAGAACCAGGAGUACAAGACCCUCCUGGACGUCAAAUGCCGCUUGGAGCAGGAGAUUCAGACCUACCACUGCCUGCUGGAGGGGGGACAGCAUGACAUCAUAGGGCCAGUGGGAAGAGGAGUCCCUGCAACAUCUGCUGGAAGAAGUGGUGGGCUUAAAGCCAGCCUGGUUCAGCCGUGCCUGCCCUAA